AUGAUGAAGAAAAUUAUACUACUGGGUCUGCUGUCGUUUUCGAUGUGUUUCAGUAACGCAGCAGAAGAAAAAGCUGCAGCACCUGUUGCAACUCCUAUAGUGACAAAUAGUACCACAACAGACAUAAAGGAAAAAAAUCUAACCACCUCGAUCCCUCCUCAUGUGACAAAUGAAACAUCUACCAAAAAUGAAAUGGAAACAAAGCCAACUACAACUCAAGUGACACAAGAACCUGCGAAACCCUCAGAGGCGACCCCAGCCCAUAAAGAGGAAACUUCAAAACCCGUUGAUAACAAAACCACAGAGAAAGAACCAAAAGCUAAGGAAAACUCCAAAGAGCUUGCCAAAAACUCCACUGAAACCAAAGCGACCACAGAAAAAGCACCAAGUGACAAACCAAUGAAUGAUGUGACCGCCAACAAUGCAACGACAAUGAAACCUGACAUGCCUAGCAGUACCAAGGCCCCAAAAUCAGAAGAUAAACAUGUGCUACAGGCAAGAGGUUUUGAUGGACCCAGCUUCAUUGGUGGUAUGAUUCUCACCCUUGGCCUCCUUGCCAUAGGAUUCAUGGGAUUCAAAUACUACAAGAACCAAACGGAAAGAAACUAUCACACUCUUUAA